AUGCCUUUUUCUGUUAAGAGUGUGUGGUUGGACCUUAUUGAGGAAUGUAGUGAUGUGCCUUGGGCAAAGCUGAUCUGGUACAGUCAAUGUAUUCCCAGGCAUUCAUUCAUUCUGUGGUUAGCUAUGUGGCAAAAACUUAAAACACAUGAUAAGUUUGAGUUUUUUGAGUUGAAGUCUGACCUGAAGUGUGUGUUUUGUAAAGAGGGUCCUGAUAGUCAUAAUCAUCUCUUCUUCAAUUGUGACUAUCCUAAUAAAGUUUGGCAGAAGAUUAAAAAGCUUGCAAGAUUAGAAAGUGCUCCUAAUAGUUGGAAUGAUAUUGUGAAUUUCUUUGUUAUCAGGCCUGCUAACAAAACCAUUUGGAGUAUUAUACAGAGGUUAGUAUUGGGUGCAAUGGUCUAUUUCAUCUGGCAGGAGAGAAAUUUAAGGAGUUUUAAGGGUAAAAAUAGAUCUGUGGAUGAUUUAUGUAAUAUUAUUACUGCUGAAGUGAGGUUUAGAUUGAUGGGGUUAAGGAUUAAAGUUACUAAGCAGUCAGUUAAAGCUGCUGAAGUUUGGGGUUUUCAGUUGAAUAAGGGGUUUCAUUCUGAUAAUUUUGAUAAUAUUAGUCAUGGUAGGAAGUAA